AUGUCAAAACAACAGGGUUAUUCGCCGUUUGUCGUCGGUAUAAUAUUGAGGAUAUCUCCGUUACCGUCAUUAGUGAUGAGACCACUCGUUGGCGCCAUUGUGAAUAAGUACAAAUGUCCUAAGUUAGCGUUAAUGAUAACCGUAGUGAUUGGUUUCAUGACGGUGUGUGCGUUGAUGCUGAUGCCUGGCCCGGUCGUGUAUGGUGAAAUUGACGAUGACGUCCUCUUCCGAACGCCGCUGUUUUGA